AUGGCUUCUUUAUCGUUCUCCCUCUCUCCAGAGGCCAUAUAUCAACUACACGAUGCUCUGAUGUGUCUGGGCAAGUUUGGCGACAGUGUCUCGUUCGAAGCCGAGUUUGAUCUGCUUCGUUUAAGCGUGCUGAACAUCACCAAGACAGCAUACGCUGCCUUCGUCUUUGAAGCAGACAAGUUUUUCGAAUCGUAUUCUUUUGGCUGGGUGGCCAUUGGACUGAAUCAACGACCACCGAUGGAAUCUCAAGCUAACAUCAGAAAGGCCCUCGUGUCUGUCUUCAAAGGAAGAGCCAGCGGCCGCAACAAGGACACGUCCAUCGAACGAUGUGAGUUCGAGCUGCAGGAUGACCCCGAUGAAACGGAGUCCCGCCUCGUAAUCAGACUGAUAUGCGGGCUGGGUGUCAUCAAACUCUACAAACUCACAUACGAGCCUGUCAUGAUCCAACAUGCAACGUUUGACAGAUCUCGAGCGACGAAUGAAUGGAGCAUCGAACCCAAGUUCCUGAAAGAAGUGAUUGACCACUUCGGGCCGUCGGCAGAGCAGCUGGACAUCUACUCUGAGCACGGCAAGACCGUCUUCACAAGCUUCACUACCAAAAUCGCUGAGGGCAAAGAGAUCCUGCGACAACCGGUGCAUACCUCCGUGGCCAUCGACAAACGGGAUUUUGAGUUCUAUCAGGCCGAGGAUAAUCUUCACAUCGCCAUUAAUUUGAGAGACUUCAAGGCUGUUAUCGCGCAUGCUGAUGUUGUGCACGCCAAAGUCACCGCCAGGUUUACCCACCCUUGUCGCCCGCUGCAGUUUGCAUAUGAACUCGAGGGGAUGAAAUCUGAAUUUACCUUGAUGACCCGAGGCGAACCAGUUGAAGAUGAUGGUCCAAGCUCGUCUCGAGCCACCGUACCACAACUAUCCGCAAGACAAACACCUGCUCCUGUGCAAGUGAAUCAACAGAGGACAACCACUACCGAAGCAAGCCGGAUGCCGCCGCCGCGGAGUCGGUCCAUCCGCCCUCUGACGGGAACGUCCACUCGAACUUCUCAGACGCCCGCGGAAUCCCAGAGGCCGGCGCCAUCGGUCGAAUUUGAUAGCCUCUUUGUACCUGCGGAUGAUGACAGGCAAUGGGACGUGCCGAAUGAAGAGGAGCCUCAAGCGGAAGACGAGCUUGGCUGGGAUGCAACGGGUGAACAUGACACUUUCACGGCAAGCUUGAGGGCACGGGUUCCAAACGAGGAAUCCGAAGCCGCGGAGAUGGGCCAAGAGGAGGAGACCGGCAUUCCACCCACUCAGCGCAUAUCACAGGUAACGCGUGACCCGCACCCCUGGACGAUGAUGAGUACUAACGCCAUCAGCUCCAUGGUCUUGGUCUAUUCGACUAAGGGACCAGAUAGUGAUAAUCCAGCUUGUCGCGCAACCGGCGCCCACUCCCACAAUAUUGGACUCGCCGUCAGGCAGAGGGAUAGGCUGGCAGUGGUCCUUGACGUUACCCUGGGCAUCAGUGCCAGGGCCACAGUUUCCAUGCUCGCCCCAACCGCAGGCGACAACGGUGCGAUCAUCCAACCGAGCAAGGACAUGCUCGCUGCCGACAGCCAGAUCCUUCACCUUCCCCAGCCCAUCAGACGGGAGCUGUCCACGAUCAUUCCUGCCCCAAGCCAACACCUCCCCAUUAUUCAAAUGUACAUAGACUCCAUGCCAACUAGCACCUAUCGCGCGAUACCCUGCCACCGUCUCGGAGGCAGGCAUACCAGACCGAAUCCGCCACUUAUCAUCCACGGACCCAAGCACAGCGAACUCCCCCUUAGCGCGAUCCCCCAUGACCACCCCCCCGCACCUCCCAUCCCCAUUAUAACCGGCCGCAUAAACCUCCCCACCCUCACACAAGAUCAAAGUAUGAUUCCCACCGGCCACGAUCUUCACCACUCGAGCAUUAUCGUCACCACCGUCCUCUUCGAAAAGACACCGCUCGCGGAAAGAAACAUCCUCCUCAUGGCCGAGACCCAGCUGGCCGGAUCCGUUGGAUCCGAAGGCGAAGAGAGGCAUCACCCCUGUCCGAGUUUGGCGAGGUUGGUGCCUUGGGUAGCGAGGUGA